AAGAGUUUGUGGCUUUCAAACAAUUAUAUGGGGAAUUGCGUGGUUAAGGCUAAGGAUAAUGAUUCUGAUUAUAAUGUGGAUUUUGCUGCUGGGAAUGUGAAACUUAUUACCACCAAAGAAGCUUGGGACCAAAAGUUGGAAGAAGCAAGGAGGGAUGGCAAAAUUGUGAUUGCGAAUUUCAGUGCAGGAUGGUGUGAUCCUUGUAAGAUGAUUGCACCAUAUUACAGCGAGUUAUCUGAGAAAUACUCAUCUAUGAUGUUCUUAUUAGUUGAUGUGGAUGAACUAACUGACUUCAGCAUUUCAUGGGACAUCAAAGCAACACCAACUUUCUUUUUUCUUAAAGAUGGAGAAGAACUUGACAAACUUGUAGGAGCCAACAAGCCAGUGCUGGAGAAGAAGAUAGAUGCCAUUUCUGAUUCAGUUUCCCAGUGACUAUUGUUUUAUUCCUCUUUGUAAGAAGCCGUUGGCUUCUUCCUUUGACAAAGUAACAACUCGUGGUGUUGAGUGUUCUACAUGUUU